UAUAAUAUAUAUAAUUUUUUUUUUAAUAAUAAAUUUUCGGGAAAAAAAAGCAACUUGUCAACCCGUUCGAAAAUAUUCGGGCUAGGUUAUGACCAUAACCCGUGUUAGGUACAGUUCGAGAUGGUCCAACUCAACCGGAUUCGGGUUGAGAUUGGGUUGAACCAAUCCAACUUGCAGCCUAAGUUGAAGUAGCAAGAAAGAUUGUGUAAGACAUGAAUUGGACAAAUCAGCUGCUUGCAAAUAAGUGUAACAGUAUAAGGUUUUUUCGUUUUUAUAUUUCAGUUCCUUAAAGAUUAAAGUAUAGCCGCUUUCUCAUUCCCAUGUCUCUAUGGUUUUACUUCUGAAAUGAUUGCUUUAAUUCAAUGUGAAGGGAAUUCAAUGGGCUAAAAGUGUUCAUUCCUUUUAUAAGUGUAUUUUUUAUUUAAUUUUUUAUAUAAAGUUCGGUAGUUUGGAAAAAGGUGGUGUUGAGUUGAGUUGUAUGUAUUUAAAGUUUGGCAAAUUGAACCGACUCUUUAUAGCAUAAAUACAACUUUCUUCUUUUUCUUCUUCUUCUUCUUCUUUUUAUUAUUAUUAUUAUUAUUAUUAUUAUUAUUAUUAUUAUUAAAGUAACUAAUUACAACCAUUCCUAUUGAUGUUAUUUGGACAUCAAUUUACUGUAACAAUGGUAUGUAUAUAUCAAUCCUAUUGAUUUUAAAUCGUGAUAGGGGUCUUGACCUGGAUAUCAUUAACCUUCUUCUUUGCUAUCGAGUUACCAAAAUCAGAACCAAUGAAAUGUAUUUUCACUUCUUUCCCAUUAAGAGGCGAUCUAUCUGUACGGACAAGCUCUCGUUUGAAAAGGGUUGGAGGCAAAACCUAAUUCGGGUCAGUGGAAAUUGGGAACUCCACUUGCUUAGACCUUCCUUAUCCCGAUCGCUUUGGAGAGUGUUCUGUCCUUCAAUAUAAGAAAUUUAAGAAUCAUCCUACCGAAUGCCACUGUGAAUCCCGCCUUCCUCGUUUCUGUACUUUUCUUUGUAAUUGCCUUCGAAUAGAUCAUGACGAAUUGAUUUACAGUGUUUUUAGGGCCAGGCUUGACAUUCUGAAGGAGAGAGUUCUGAAUAACAUCCCCUCAGCCACUGACCUGCUCACCUUUAACAACUUCUCUGACAUAUACGCCCUUGGAUCCACAAUGGAGAAUAUCCAAAUUCCUUCUUUCAGCAGGAGGAGGCGUUCUACCCCCAUUCCUUCAACUGCACCAACCAUUAUUGUGGCCUCCUCACCCGUCUUGGUUAUGGCCCACUACCGAGCAUCCGAUCGUUGGGCCCUCUGCAUCAACCUCUACUGAAGUUCAGCCUAUUGUGCCGAACAAUGAACCCUCUAACACUUUGACUGAAGCUUCCUCAAAUGGUGCUCAGAAUGUUGGGGGUUCUUCUCAGAAUGAUGAAGGAUCUCCUCCCGCCCGAGCUGGCGUUUCAGAGAAGAGCUUGUGAAAAGGACCCAUGCCUAAAGGUAGUCAUGAUCAAAGUGACCUCCCUCCAGCACGAAGGGCCCGAACAUCUUUCAGGGUUACCAACUCUGUCCCUUCUCCUCAACUAUCCAUUCCAGAGGGUGAAUCGGCUAGAACCUCCGGCUCUUCACCAACAGUGACCCCAUGGCAUCCCUUGUUCAGUCGUGAGGAUGGGUCAGUUAUUGCCCCCACAAACUCUUUGUUCAAAGACCCAGUCACAUCAUUUGCCUUCUAUAGGGGUCUUUGGACCCCCAAAGAUAUUGAGGUUCUGAACAAGAUGACCUUCAAUGAAAUGUAUCAGCGCUUCCCAGCAGCUGUUGUUGAGAACACCUUUGCCUUUGUACAGACUCUAUUUGGGAUGUUCACUUUCUAAAAGAGUAUUGAGACCUUGAACAAAAAGAUGAAAUCCCUCUCAGCUGGCCUUAAAAGAUCUGUUGACUCAGAGAGGAUAACCGAGGACAAAAACGCAGAGCUGCUGGUUAAGCUGAACGAGUCAGAGAAGGAGAUGGACGCUCUGAGUGAUUUCCUAGAAAAGGCUUGUAAACAAGCUUGUUGAAAAUCUCUGGACACAUAAAGGACGCCCCUUGUCAUCAA